AUGUUCAGAGUAUUCAAACCAAGAGCGUAUGGGCGGUUCGUAAGUUCUUCAGUUAUCAAAUGUGGUGUUCCUAAGCCUAACUGGAUUGUCUCAGCAUCCACUAUAGCGAUAAUGGGAUACGGAACAUGGUGGUACUACUAUCCUCAUCACAAAUUUCCCAAGACUGUGGCUAAUUCUUUAAGGUAUGCACUUUGGGAGGAAGAAAAAACUAAAGAUUUCAAGAAGAGUCUGUCAUUUUUUGUUGUUGCUCUUAAUGAAUGUAAUAAAUUAAAUAUGGAUACCUUAUCUGAUGAGUACACAGGUAUCGAGAUCAAAAUAGCUGAAAUGUAUGAAAAGCUGAAUCUGGACCAACAGGCGCAAGAUAUCUACCUGUCCAUAUUGGAAAAACUGCAGGGUGGAAUCAAGUCAUGUACGAAUAUUACCGAGAAGGGACGACUACUUAAUAAAGAUCUGAGCAUCUUGGUGAAACUGUGCCAGAAACCCAACUUCAUUUCAGUGAAUACGAAGGCAGCAUAUCUCCAGUAUCAUAUAAAUCUGGCUCAAGAUGAGAUAUUUGAAUCUUGUUCAGAUUUACGAACUUUAAUGGAAAAUACUGAAUUACCAAAUAUUGUUGCGUCUGACAAAGGUUCGAAUUUAAACAAAACCAUCCCAAAUUUAUCAAAAUAUAAAGCUGCCAUUCAUCCAUUCAAGGAAUCUUUUUUUGUGGCUAGAGAUCUACUGACAGAGGCUUAUUUGAAUUCAAAUAACACUGACAGAGCAAUACAAUCUAAGAUGAUUACAAUUGGUUGGAUGAUUCUUGCGGGAAUGCCAGUUGGUCAAGUUCUUUUAUCUCAAACCAAUCUAGCGUCACUCCUCUAUAUGAAAUCAGAAGAUAUUGAAGCUGAGCUAUAUAAACGACGUAAAGACAAUGUUGUAAUUGAAAGUGCCAAAGAAUUUGGAUACGAGACGUAA